AUGCCCUCCUUGCCCACGUUGAUCUUCAUAGCCAUCUUUUGCCUGGAGUCAUUGGCUGCAAUGCUGCAGAAUGGCUUCUUGGUCACAAUGCUGGGCAGGGAGUGGGUAAGGUGCCGGACACUGUCCACAAGUGACAUGAUUGUGGCCUGUCUUGCUGCCUCCCGGUUCUGCCUGCAUGGGGUAGCCAUGGCGAACAACCUCCUGGCCUCCCUAGAUUUUUGGUGCGCAGUUCCCUAUGUGAACAUCUUCUGGGGCCUUUUCAAUGCCCUCACUUCGUGGUUUACUGCCUUGCUUGCUGCUUUCUACUGUGUGAAGAUCUCGUCUUUCUCCCACCCCACCUUCUCCUGGCUGAAGUGGAGGAUCUCUCGGUUAGUGCCCAAGCUGAUCAAGGGCUCCCUGAUCAUCUGUGGCCUGGAAGUCAUCUCAUCAGCCACUGGGAACAUACUGUUGGGUCAGAGGAAGAUCUCCCUGAGUUCCUACGGAAAUGAAACUCUAGUUUAUAGAGUGCAGGCUUCAUUUCAGCUCUACGUUUUCUUUCAUGAAGGGUUUGUGUUGUCGAUUCCAUUCCUUCUGUUCCUAGUGUCCACCGUCUUGCUCAUAGUCUCACUGUGCUGGCAGUUGGGGCAGUUGAGGGACCUCAGGCCCGGCCCCUGUGAUCCCAGCACCCAGGCUUACACCAUGGCUUUAAAGUCACUCACCUUUUCCCUCAUCUUCUGUACAUUGUACUUCCUGUCCUUGUUUGUUUCUGCUUUUAAAAUUAUAAACCUUCAGAAUCACUGGCACUGGGCCUGGGAAGUGCUAAUCUAUGCCAACAUCUGUCUGCACUCUACUGUCCUGGUGCUGAGAAGCCCCAAACUGAAAAAGGGCCUGAAGACAUGGCUUCAGCUCCAGUGCCCAUGUGCUGCUGGCUCACAGGGCUUUGGAAGGUGCUGGCCAUAG